GCAACAGUUGAGUUACUUGAGCUACUCCCACAACAACAGUUACUUGCACAAUGAAGACUUUCAUUGUCGUCGUUUUGGCAGCCCUGGCAGUGGCUACACCAGCCCUGGCACGCACCAUGGAUCGCUGCUCCUUGGCCCGUGAGAUGGCCAAGUUGGGCGUUCCUCGUGAUCAAUUGGCUCGCUGGACUUGCAUUGCCGAGCGCGAGAGCUCCUACCGCACUGGCGUUGUGGGUCCUGCGAAUAAGGAUGGCUCCAAUGAUUAUGGCAUCUUCCAGAUUAAUGAUCGCUAUUGGUGCCAGCCGGACAAUGGCAAGAAGUCCAGCAAUGGCUGCGGUCUCAGCUGCAAGGCAUUGCUUACCGAUGACAUCACAAAGUCCGUUAGAUGCGCCCAGAAGGUGCUCUCCCAACAGGGCUGGAAAGCCUGGUCCACUUGGAAAUUCUGCAAUGGCAAUUUGCCCAGCAUUGAUCCCUGCUUCAAGUAAAUUUCUUCCAUCAAAUAAAGUAAUGCAUUCCGAGAGGAUUGUAUAAUAAAUGCAACCACAAAAUCCGA